CACCCUGGUGUCCACCCACAAGUUAUUAAACCAGGAGGUAUCUCCCACGCUAAAAGGUGUGGCUCAAAAAUGGAGAAAGUCCCAGAGGUAGAUAUAGAGUCUGACGGGGUUUUCAAGUACAUACUAGUGGAACUAACUGAUAAAAAGAGCGGGAAAGUAAAGACUAUAGUCAGGGGCUACGAAUGGGCAGAAUAUCACGCUGACAUUCUAGAUAGGAUUGCUCCUAGAGUUAGCGAGCUUGGUCUUGAGUACAAGUGUGUGGGCGGAGGACGAAUCCGACAUCAGAAAUCGAAAUCUAUUCACGUUUAUGGAUACUCUGUGGAUUUCGGUCAAGCUGAUCACAAGAUGACCAUUGAUAUAUUGAAGAGAAACUUCACGGAUUAUGAAUCAGAAAAUAUUACUUUUUCUAAUUCAGGUUAUUAGAGUCGUGAACUUAUUCCGACCG